AUGAAUUUCAUCUUCUACAGAUUCUUGGCAUACUUUUAUUUGGGAUCGCAAAUAUUCCUUCUCCAUACCCUGUUCAUCCAGCCCGCUCGCUCUCACCCGCAGCCCUGCCACAUCCUUGCGCGGAUAGGACACACCGUGCGCCUGGGUGCCCUCCUGCCUUCCCGCCAGCCGGUCCGGGUGCGGGCGGCUCUCAACCGCGCCCUCAGCGGUCUCGCCGAAAGCGGGAACAACUUUCUUCCGUACAACUUGAGCAUGGAAGUGGUGGCUCGGGAAUCCACGAGCGGAGACCCCGAGUCGCUCUUCAGGUGUGUGUGUCAGGAUAUAGUGGUCCAGGGGGUCUCGGCUGUGCUCGCCUUCCCGCAGACCCAGGAGGAAAUAGUACAAAUGGAAUUUAUGUCUUCUUUUUUGGAAAUCCCUUUUAUAAGCAUCAUUGAGCAAGGAGAACCUCUCAGAACUCAGAAUCGCUUCCAUUUGCAGAUGACAACUCAUAUCCCUCCACUGGGACUGGUGGAUCUGCUUCUAGCCGUUUUGCAACGCAGUGGUUGGGAGGAGAGCAUGGCGGUGCUUUGCCAAGGCUGGGAGGAUGCUGGUCUUCUAGAUCUCCUGGACCUCCAAGGCCAUUCUACCUGGGGACCCUCACGCUGGCACCUGCGGGCAACCCUAAACCUCUCCCACAGCAGACCUCACAUGGCUAAUAUUUCUGACUUCCUCUCUGAACACUUUAAUCAGGGUCAUCCUCCGCCAGCCUCGGUCCUGCUUUUUGGGGCCGACCCGGAGUGUGCCUCCUCUGUUCUGCGCAGUGCGCAUGACCUGGGGCUAACAUUGCCCACUGUACAUUGGAUUAUGGGAUAUCCCCUUAGCCCAGAUGCCCUUCAUUCUAUUGGUCUGCCUAUAGGACUGCUGGCCUAUGGAGAGGUCGACCGCAAACCACUGGAUUUUUAUAUUCGCGAUGCUCUUCAGCUCAUUAACCGAGCUGUUACUGCUGCAACAGUCGUACGGCCUGAUCUGGCCCUAAUCCAAAAUAUGGUAAACUGUUUUGACAAACCCAACAAACAUGAGCUGCCCUCAUCUGGACAGUACAUUGCCAGGUUCCUCUCCAACACAUCCUUUGUUGGGCUGACGGGUUCUGUCAUCGUUCAGCGUAACCUCUCUCGUGUACUCACCUCUCAGAGGUUCCACAUUUGGAGCUUGCGCCGUGAUGCCGUUGGUCAGCCCACGUGGGUGACGGUGGGCAGCUGGGAAGGUGGUAAGUUGGAUGUAGAGGAGCAGGGAUUGUGGCAGGACUUGUCCCCCCGUCAACGCACGGAGGGCCAAAUGGGCAGGGAGGGACAGAGAUGGCGGGCGGGCUUUCCAGUGUCGGGAAGCCGUGUACGUGUGGUCACACUAGUGGAACACCCAUUUGUGUUCACUCGAGAGGUAGAUGAGGAUGGGAACUGCCCCGCAGGGCAAUACUGUCUGGAUGCAGGAACCAACAGCUCGGAAACCCUGGACCACUUAUAUGCCGAGCGGGCACAAGGUAACAACAGUUUCUUGCCACCAGAUUACAGCAAGUGUUGCUAUGGAUAUUGUAUUGAUCUGCUGGAGAAACUGGCAGAGGACAUGAACUUCGAGUUUGACCUGUACAUAGUGGGGGACGGUAAAUACGGGGCACUCAAGGGUGGCCAGUGGACAGGGUUGGUGGGUGACCUGCUGAGUGGAGUGGCUGAUAUGGCUGUUACCAGCUUCAGCAUCAACUCAGCGCGUAGUAAAGUGAUAGACUUCACCAGUCCAUUCUUUUCCACGAGUUUGGGAAUACUGGUACGGAGUAAAGACACGGCCGCACCCAUCGGAGCCUUCAUGUGGCCUUUGCAUUGGUCCAUGUGGAUGGGCAUCUUUGUGGCAUUGCACAUUACAGCACUCUUCCUCACCCUCUACGAAUGGAAAAGUCCCUUUGGCAUGACACCGCAUGGACGUAACCGUGUGAAGGUCUUCUCUUACUCCUCAGCCCUUAACCUCUGCUACGCCAUACUCUUUGGUCGCACAGUCUCCAGUAAGACGCCCAAGUGCUGGACUGGACGUUUCCUGAUGAACCUGUGGGCCAUUUUUUGUUUGCUGGUUUUGUCGAGUUACACUGCAAACCUGGCUGCAGUCAUGGUUGGGGAAAAGACCUUUGAGGAGCUCUCUGGAAUACAUGAUGCAAAGCUCCAUCACCCAUCUCAGGGAUUCCGAUUUGGCACAGUUCGGGAGAGCAGUGCAGAGGAUUACAUGAAAAAGAGUUUUCCUGAGAUGCACGAGUAUAUGCUGAAAUUCAACGAGCCCACCACACCCGAUGGUGUUGCCACUCUCAAGACAGAUCCACCUCAACUUGAUGCUUUUAUCAUGGACAAAGCCCUGUUGGACUAUGAGGUGUCCAUUGAUGCUGACUGCAAGCUGCUAACAGUUGGUAAACCGUUUGCUAUUGAAGGUUACGGGAUUGGACUGCCUCAGAACUCACUGCUCACUUCCAACAUAUCUGAGUUCAUCAGUCGCUACAAGUCUGAUGGCUACAUGGACAUGCUGCAUGACAAAUGGUACAAGGUUGUGCCGUGUGGGAAGAGAGUCUUCAUUGUUACAGAGACGCUGCAGAUGGGCAUCCGUCACUUCUCAGGGUUGUUUGUUUUGUUGUGUGUGGGUGUGACCGGGGCCUUACUCACUCUUGUGGGAGAACACGCCUUCUAUCGCCUGGUUCUGCCACAUAUCCGCCGCAAACAGAAGUUCAAAUACUGGCUUCACACCAGCCAGAAAAUCCACAGAGCUCUGAACAUGACUUAUGAGGAUGUGAAACGACAGCGGGCAAAUGCAGAGAAAAGUUGUAACAUCCAGAAAGCUCAACCACAUCCGCCACCUCCACCUGCUUCACUUGGAGCCUUUGCCAGAUGGAACAACGAAAGCACCAAUUCACCACAGGAUUCCAAGGACAAGAGGGUCCAUUUCAACCUGGAGUCCCUCAACACACGCCGUCUCCUCCCCCGUGCCAUGGCGGAGGGGGGUCAGAGUAGCACUGCCUCUGUGUUCAGCUCUGGGGCAGGAAGUCUGUUGGCGAGGGUGUGUGAAAAUGGAGGGCCCGUUGCUCAGCGGCCCACCUCUUCGGUGAGUUCCUCAAGCCCCCCCAGAGAGGGUGAGCUUGAGGAGCUCCAGGCAAAAAUCGAGGAGAUCCGUGGUCAAUUAAAAGCCGCUUUGGCUCGCAGGGCGGAGCUUCAGACUACACUGGCUAAGGAACAGUCGGCUGCCACUGAAGUCCCGGCGACCAAAGUGGCUCCGCCCACAGUUACAGCUACCAUUUGCCCCGCCCUCACCAAAGAGCCAUCAGAUUUGAAAAGGUGAUGCUCAAAACGACUGGAAGAAAUAUGACAAAGGACAUGUUUUUCUAUCAGUAUCCUCCAAAAGACUUUCAUAUAAACGUGGAAUCUUUUAAAAGCUUCAUGCUAAGGCAACACUGACCUUUGGUACAGUUUUGCUAAUGAUAACGCUAAAAAGACCUCAUGUGGCUUAUUUUCUAAACAUCACAUAACCCAACUGGUUAAACUAGGAGCUGCCUGGUUGGGGAUUCUUUCAAAUCAUUGGGUUGUUUGAGGACUUACAGAGCAGAAUAUAAGGAUGAAAGCACCAGCAAGCCCAUGCUUUCCUCUCAGCAGCCUGAUAUACAAGCUAAUUUAAUUUAGUCACAUCCAAGAAGGUCCAUUCCCUCUGCCAAGCUGUUUCGACUAUUAUUUUCAUGUCUGUUCAGGAUAAGGAACAGAAUAAAACCUGAAUUGACAGUAUGCUGCACCAGAGACCUCAUCAUGGAGUCAGAAGCAGAAAAAGGACCUUGUGUUUGCCGCUUUGGCAAUGACUUUAAAGCUUGUGUCUGAUCUGAAAACUGCUAUUGUUUAAGGAAUAUUCAAUACAAGUUAAGCUCUAUGGACAGCAUCUGUGGCAUGCUGUCAGUAACCACAAACAAUAAUUUUGACCUGUCCCUCUGUUAGUAAAAACUAGUAAAAUUAAAGUCUAUGGGACAAGGGAUUGCAGUUACCACUCUGUCUGUGCAAAGUUAUAUCCAAUUUUUCAACUCAAUUGUAAAGCCUGGUAACUUUCACACAAAGCGCUCAAGUAUGCCAGAAUAGAACGUAAUGUAACUACCCGCAAAGUACCGUUUACGUGGAACCAACUCCACCUACAGGACUUAGAUUUGUAACACCCUUCAAGUUUAUCCAACUAGAACAGUUGUUCCAACUCUAAAAGGAUGAUUCAGACAACUUUACAACUCAAAUAACAUUUUUGUGCAGAAGAAUUAAAAUAAAUGCUUUUACAAACAUAUGAGCUUCACAUUUCUGCUGGAAUGCCUUUCCCUAUUGAUUUCCAUAUGUAUAUUAUAGUGCGAUAUCUGCUUGUUUUUCCGAACUAAAUGGCGAGUCAAAAUUAUUGUCUCUGGUUAUCGAUAUGUCACAGAUGAUAAAAGCUAUAUUCAACCCAGAACCUUCCUUUAAUUGACCCUUUUUUUUCUCUAGAAGGUUUGACAUAAGGUUUGACAUUUGAAUGGCCAGGUUGCCUGUUUGAAUUAAGUUCUGUGUUAAAAUAAAUAAACUUGAUCUUAUAAAUUUGACAUCUUACUUGAAAUAAUCCAGCUCAGGGCUGUAUUUAUGGGUGUUAAUUGCAUUAACUGAGCGCUACAUCAUUUCAAAUCAAAUAAGUCACUUUUCUUGAUGCAAUCAAAACCAAAUAUCAUCUAUAUGCAUAGUUAACCUCUAGUUAAUAUUUCUAGCUUGAUUUCUGGUACAAUGUGAUUUUAGUGACAAUUCUAGAUUAUGAUAUUACAUACAUUUAGGACCUCACCUUCAAAAGAGAUUAACAUUUAUAAUGACAUUGAUCUUGGAAGAUUUUUGGAAGAUCUGAAGGAUGGGUUUUUCAGCUGGAAAUCCAAGGAUGUUCAACACAAAAUGUUCUCAAAUAAUGCAAAAACAAAAAAUGUUUUCUACAUUUCAGUUCACAUACAUUACCAGUCAAAAGUUUGGACUCAAAAUCUCAUUAUUAUAACUCUUUUUCCACAAGAUGUUAAAUCAAAACACUCCUACAUUUUAGCUUCUUUCAAGUAGCCACCCUUUGGUUAGAUUACAGCUCUGCAUUUUUUGGGAAUUCUCUAAACCAAUGUCAUAAGGUCUCCAACUGAAAUGCAAUACUGACAUGCAGUAUGCUGGGCACUUGUUGGCUGUUUUUCCUUCACUAUAUGGUCAAACUCAAACAUUAAAAAAAUCUUUAAUUGUUUUGUGAAAUAAAUUCAUCCAUGAGCACAAUUUAUAUUUGUCAGCAAAACUAAUUACA